CAACCGAACCGAAGCCACACACGCACAACACAAGAAACCGCAGGAAAAAUAAUACCAAGCCGACCAAUCAUGGCUCGCCCCCGCCUCCGGCUGCUCCUCGUCGCCGCCGCCGUCCUCCUCCUCCUCCACCCGGCCCUCUCCUCGGCGGCGGAGGGGCUGGAGGACCCCCUCAUCGAGCAGGUGGUCGGGGGCGACGCGGAGAACGAGCUGGAGCUCAACGCGGAGGCGCACUUCGCGAGCUUCGUCCGGCGGUUCGGCAAGUCCUACAGGGACGCCGACGAGCACGCGCACCGGCUCUCCGUGUUCAGGGACAACCUCCGCCGCGCGCGCCGCCACCAGCGCCUCGACCCUUCCGCGGUGCACGGCAUCACCAAGUUCUCCGACCUCACCCCCGACGAGUUCCGGGAGCGCUUCCUCGGCCUCCGCAAGUCCCGCCGGAGCUUCCUCAAGGGGAUCUCCGGGUCGGCGCACGACGCGCCGGCCCUCCCCACCGACGGCCUCCCCACAGAGUUCGACUGGCGCGAGCACGGCGCGGUCGGCCCAGUCAAGGACCAGGGUUCGUGCGGGUCGUGCUGGUCCUUCAGUACGUCGGGGGCGCUGGAGGGUGCCAACUACCUCGCCACCGGAAAGCUGGAGGUGCUCAGCGAGCAGCAGCUGGUCGACUGCGACCACGAGUGUGACCCGUCAGAACCACGCGCAUGUGAUGCGGGAUGCAAUGGUGGCUUGAUGACUACAGCUUUCAGCUAUCUCGCAAAAGCCGGUGGCUUAGAAACCGAGAAGGAUUACCCAUACACUGGGAGGAACAGUGCCUGCAAGUUUGACAAAUCCAAAAUUGCUGCUCAAGUUAAGAAUUUUAGUACUGUUGCUAUUGACGAAGAUCAGAUUGCCGCUAACCUUGUGAAAUAUGGCCCACUUGCAAUUGGUAUCAAUGCAGUAUUCAUGCAAACGUACAUUGGUGGUGUCUCAUGCCCAUACAUCUGCGGAAGGCAUCUUGAUCAUGGUGUUCUCCUGGUUGGCUAUGGAUCAGCUGGUUACGCACCGCUCCGCUUCAAGGAGAAACCAUACUGGAUCAUAAAGAACUCAUGGGGCGAAAACUGGGGCGAGAGCGGGUACUACAAGAUCUGCAGGGGUCCGCAUGUCAAAAACAAGUGCGGUGUCGAUUCCAUGGUCUCCACGGUUACCGCCAUCCAUACCUCUAAGAAGGAAUAAGAUCUUGUAGUACUCAGUCUGGAUUGCCUAUAGACAUGCUUGUGUGCCAGGACUAGGUAUUCCAUGAUGGUUAUUCCAGUAUUGCCUUGCAAUUCGUAACCAGUAAAUAUGUGAAACUUCUCUUGAUUGCUGUAAUGUAUCUCUGGGUUGCUAUGUAUUGCUACGCAGUUCUUGGAACAUGGUAGCAGAUAUUUGUUGCCAUCAUUAAUGUAUAUAAUCUGGUGUUCUGGUUGAUCA